CAAGGAUUCCCCAACUGAAAAGACCUUCCAGCGUGUGAAGCCAGAAGACAUCCAUCAGGAGAAAAGAUCCAGUUGGGGUGGGACUGAAAUGUUCCCUAGUGCUGCAGUCCAGGCCAUUCCCAAAGAUGCCUUGGAGGAGAAGGAGCAGAAGGCCUUCUACCGCCCUAAGCCUCUAGAUUUGAAACAGCAGCACAUGGUUGCUCCAGCACCGCCAAGCCCAUCCCGUCCCAGAAGCCCCUGGGGCAGGCUUGACCCGUAUGAAUCUGAUGAGGAUGAUAAAGAAUAUGUGGGAUUUGCAACACUUCCUAAUCAGGUCCACCGGAAAUCUGUGAAGAAAGGAUUUGAUUUCACACUAAUGGUUGCAGGAGAGUCUGGGCUGGGGAAGUCCACUCUGGUGAACAGCCUUUUUCUUACCGAUCUGUACAAAGAUCGCAAACUCUUAAACGCAGAAGAACGGAUAGUCCAGACCGUGGAGAUUACCAAGCAUGUGGUGGACAUAGAGGAGAAAGGUGUGAAACUCCGCUUGACCAUUGUGGACACACCAGGUUUUGGAGAUGCUGUAAACAACACAGAAUGUUGGAAGCCUGUGGCUGAUUACAUAGAUCAGCAGUUUGAGCAGUAUUUCCGGGAUGAAAGUGGCCUUAACCGGAAAAAUAUUCAGGACAACCGUGUCCAUUGCUGCCUCUACUUCAUCUCUCCUUUUGGUCACGGUUUGCGACCUCUGGACAUUGAAUUCAUGAAAGCGCUCCAUCAGCGCGUGAACAUUGUUCCUGUCUUAGCCAAGGCUGACACUCUCAUGCCGUCGGAGGUGGAACGAAUGAAAAACAAGAUUCGUGAUGAAAUUGAUCAUUUUGGGAUCCGGAUCUACCAGUUUCCUGAUUGUGAUUCAGAUGAAGAUGAGGAUUUCAAGCUGCAGGAUGAAGCACUCAAGGAGAGCAUCCCCUUCGCUGUGAUUGGCAGUAACACCAUUGUGGAGAUGAAAGGCAAGCGGAUCCGUGGGAGGCUGUACCCUUGGGGCAUCGUUGAAGUGGAGAACCCUACGCAUUGUGACUUUGUCAAGCUGCGCACCAUGCUGGUAAGGACUCAUAUGCAGGACCUGAAGGACGUGACUCGGGAGACUCACUAUGAAAACUACCGGGCUCAGUGCAUUCAGAGCAUGACUCGCAUGGUGGUAAAAGAGCGGAAUCGCAAGUAAGUUGG